ACCACAAUAAAGUGAAUAUUUCAGUAAAGUAGUGAUAUAGCAUGGUAGAUCUUGAAUUAAAACUUCUAAAAUUUUGACCAAAAAUUCAAAGGAGAAGACCAUAGUAAAACACAUGGAGUUUCUUCUUGAAGGACUCAAGACUGAAGUAUCCCACAAAAUGAUCCUACUGAAUAAUUCCCAGAAGCUACUGGCCCUAUACAAAUCCUUGGCCAAGAGCAUCCCUGAGUCCCUGAAGGUGUAUGGCUCUGUGUAUCACAUCAAUCACGGGAACCCCUUCAACCUGGAGGUGCUGGUGGACUCCUGGCCCGAGUAUCAGACGGUUAUUAUCCGGCCUCAAAAACAGGAGAUGACUGAUGACAUGGAUUUAUACACAAAUGUGUAUCGUAUAUUCUCCAAAGAGCCUCAAAAAUCACAAGAAGUUUUGAAAAAUUGCGAGAUCAUAAACUGGAAACAGAUACUCCAAAUCCAAGGUUUUCAAGAAAGUUUAGGUGAGGGGAUAAGAGAGGCUGCAUUUUCAAAGUCAGUGAAGGUAGAGCAUUCGAGAGCAAUCCUCUGUAUUACGGAAGAUAUCCUGAACCUCAAUGCCUCCAAUAAAAGCAAGUUUGGAAGCUGGGCUGAGACAGGCCACCCAGAUGUUGAAUUUGAGAGUGAAACUCCCAAUUUUAAGUAUGCCCCGCUGGAUGUCUCUUAUUCUGGGCUGGUAAAUGACAGGUGGAGGCAAGGGAAGAAUGAAAGGAGCCUGCGUUAUGUCAAGCGCUGCAUAGAAGCCCUGCCAACAGCCUGUCUGCUGGGCCCAGAGGGGGUCCCGGUCUCAUGGACAACCAUGGACCCUUCUUGUGAAUUAGGAAUGGGCUACUGCAUGGAAAUAUACCGAAAGAGAGGCAAGAUGAGACAGGCGAUGGUACAAUUCAUGAAAUAUCUGCGUCAGAAUAAUAUUCCAUUUUACCUCUCUGUGCUGGAAUUUAAUGAAGACUCCCUUAGAUCUGUGAGGCACAAUGGUUUCCUUGAGGCCACCUGUGGGUGGCACCAAUGGACCUGCUACCCACAGAAUCUAGUUCCAUUUUAGAUAAUGAAGCUGCUUAGCAAUCUCGGGCAAGCCAUCUCGUAAUAUUAAAGCAGACACUACAGAAUAGCUUUAUUCACUUACGAAUGUUUGUUGGGUAUUUAUAAUGUUCCAGGAACUCUUCUUGCAUUGAGACUUGAUGUUAAAAGACACUGCCAUACUGCUGAGGAGUUUGCAAUCCAAGCAAGAGGCAGGGAAGGGCAUAGUCUUUAAAUAUGCAUAAGCUUUGUAAGGAAGGACGGGGUUACCAGCAAACAUGUAAUUAAAAAGCCAGGCUCAGUUCUUACCUCUGGGAAUUAGAAUUCUUUAUGAAACUUGGUUGAUAGAAUCUACUAUCUGGAAGAUAAAUGAAGGACUUUAAUAAAAUUGGUCAAUAGAAUAUUCCUAAUCUAUAUGAAUGCUUCAUUGUAAAUAAAUACCCGUGCUAUUUAUAGAUUUAUGAAGCAAUGGCUACACUAAAGAAUGGAAUCAGUCUCUUAGUUUAGUGACUAGGAAGGUAUAAAAGGUGAAACCUAAGACAAAUGGCUUUCCUAGGCUACCUUUCAUCAUUGUUAUGCAGAAAAGGAAAUCCAGAGAAUCAAGUCUGCUGGACUUGAGGCCUCUGCUAUGGAAAUGACAUUUGUUGUGCCUCCUUUUUCACUUCCUCAUCAUUAGGGAAACACAGCAUAGGGCAAAGUGUUGCCUGUGAGUCUGGUUAUAAGUUCAGCCUUUGGUGUUUGUACCAUGGCUAUCUUAAGGGUAUGAUCAAGGGACAGGGGCAUUCCAGGGAGAAGUGACCACUAAGAUGAGGACUGGAGAGUGAGUAGGAGUGAGCCAGACAAAAAGAGCAGAAAAAUCCAGAUGAUGGAAAGGACACGUGCCAUGCACUAUCAUAAGAACUUUCUAAUUGAACAUUUACAUUACAAAAUCCCUGAUCUUAAAAAAAAAAUAAAAAAAUAAAAUACACUUCAUGAACAACAUGUGGCCACUUUUGGCUCCCCUCUGCCAUCCCGACAUUGGAACUUGGACCACUAUGAACAUGGAAGCUAUAGCAAAA